UCGUGUGAGCGUCACGUGACCAAACACGGAAGUGUUAGAUGCAUGAACAGUUAGGAGACUGACCUAGAUCAGAAAAUAGAUUCAGAAACUCAAUAGAUCCCCGUUUUUGUGAACUGAGAUAGAUGAAUUACACGUCCUAAAGGUUUCCGAGCUGAGCAAUGCCUCUAGUUCCCGCGAACCAGCCGCAGCUGAUCCGCUCGAGUCAGAAAGAUGAGUAUUACCAGAAGAACCUGACAAACAACGCUAACGAGCUCUUCCACACAUUCGCUGGUUCCAGACAUUGGCUUCAGUGGAGGAAGGAAAUUGAAUUACUGUCUGAUCUGACCUACUAUGUCUUAACCACUUUAUCUGGAUACCAGACGCUGGGCGAGGAGUAUGUGAGCAUCAUCCAGGUGGACCCCAGCCACAGAAGAAUCCCCUCGCAGAUGCGCAGAACCGCGCUCAUCCUCUUCCACACGUUUGUGCCUUAUCUUCUGGACAAGGUCUUGAUCUGCGUUGAGAAUGAGCUGGAAGCAGAAGCUCCUCAGACGAGCAGGACCUGGAGUCCGUUGUCACAUGUGCGGCUGUGGAUUCAGAGAGCUGUAGGGAUGCUGACGGAGUCUCAGAGGAAGGCUCUGGUUCCCAUCGUAUUUGCCCUGCAGCAGGGGAUCACACUGCUGUACAGACUCCAUGUGGCCGUCUUUUACAUCACCGGAGCCUUUUACCACAUUGGCAAAAGAGCUACAGGUGUUAGUUAUCUGAGAGUGGGGCAUGUGUCUGGGGACGACCCGUGGAUCAGGAACAGUUACCGUCUGCUGGGGGCUCUGUCCCUGCUGCAGCUGGGCAUCACUCUCACACUGCAGUUUAACAACCUCAGGCAGAGACAGAGAGCUCGACAGCAGUGGAAGCAGCACAGAAACCUGCUCCCCAGUCUUCAGGUCAGCCAGUCGUCGUCUCGAUCCUCGCGCUGUAUCUUGUGUUUGGAGGAGCGCAGGAACACCAGCUGCACUCCCUGUGGUCAUCUCUUCUGCUGGGAGUGCAUCACUGAAUGGUGCAAUACCAAGAGCGAAUGCCCGCUGUGUCGAGAGAAGUUCCAGCCUCACAGAUUGGUUUUCCUGAGAAACUACAACUAGACUGUGGGAUGAUCCAGACUUCAGAGAAAUGAACUCUGCAUUAGUUUUUAAUAAUUGCAUGACAUGGAAAUGACUUUGUGCAUUUUGUACUAAAUAGACAAAGAAUACACAUUUCUUCCUGUAAUUUAAUUUGUUGAUUAUGCAGAUUAUUUAAUGGUAACUGUAACAUUCCUCAAAUAAAAUAAGAUUGUCAUAUUUU